CUUGGCCUGGGCAUGUUACUGAGGUUUUGGAUGAAGCUCGUGGGAGCUGAUAGUCUUCAUUUGGAUCAACUUGCGGCUGCAAUCCUAAAGGAGAAUAGGUCCUUUGAAGUGAACGUUCACUUAGCAAAAUGCCUGCCACUACCUGCGGAGAAUGAGCACAGCAGACCACGGAUAGACCUCAUUGUCUUCCUCAUGGAUUUGCGCAGUCAGCACAGUGUUGAAACUGUGAAGGCAUCCCUGGCUUACGUUGAUGUGAAUUACUUUCUUGGGAAAGUUUGCUUCCUUGCAGUUGGAGGCAAAGCUGUGAAGCACCAAACAAUAGAAAUGUACACCCUGAAGCAACUGGCAGAUUCCUACUCAAGCCCCCUGAUUCCUGCUGAGCUGGAGUCCACAGAGAGAAGAUCAGUGAUAGCUCAGAGACUUCUUCAGAUAUUGAAGGUUGCGGCAGGCCUGGUACCAGGAAUGUCUGCCCUUGUUCUCAGCUCCUUGAUCAGACCCUCCUUCAAGACUGAAAUAGAGAGAUGCUAAGCAGUACAUUGAAAUGUUGGCAGAUCUUAACUUCAGUUCAAGAUUGAGGAACCACUUUUUGUUUUGUUUUGCGCUAUUCACGUAUGUACAUGGAACUGCAGUUUACCUUUUAUUUAGUCUGGAAAUAAAAUAAUUGUAAUAUAGAUUUCCUCAGCUGUGGGAUUCUCUGAACUGAUUACUUCUAUAAAAAUGUCUGUAAAUAAUUCACUGCACAAUAGAAAUAAAAUAAGUUUUAUCCAUUUUA